GGCAAGCUAGCUGUCAUGUUAGCAGCUUAGCUGACUGGCUAGCCAAUAUUCAAAGACAAUAUGCCCUAUUUAACGUUCAUAGCUGCACGAAUUCAUAAAUCGCAAGUGACAUUGCGAUGAAAUGUAAAUCCAGCUGGCUCGCCAUCUUCUAGAAGCUGUUACAUUGUUACGAAGCACGUUGACGUGCGUGCUACCUUUUGGCUAGUGAUUGGGAUUUGUUAUUGACAUUAAUUAGAACUACAACUGUGCAGCUGCGUAUCAAGGUGUUUGGUAAUGUGUAGGUUACUCCGAAAUAUUGUUUACAUAUGUUCGCAAUUCGCUAUCUGAUGUAUGUAACGUAGACACACCGUAUUCCGAACGCCAAAUUAGCUCACGAUGUUACGAACAGGAAAGUAGGAGGAAGGUUCUGCGUCUGAUGUACCGCAGAACCCGAAGACCCUGGCGGCCGUGCGGGAGAUGGUGAAAGAGGGGUCUGUGGAGGAGCUACAGAGGUGUUUCGGGGCGCGGAUGGAGUUUGGGACGGCAGGGCUGAGGGCCGCCAUGGGCCCAGGGAUCUCUUGCAUGAACGACCUGACCAUCAUUCAGACCACGCAGGGGCUGUGCAGGUACCUGGAGCAGUGCUUCUCGGACGUGAAGGAGAGAGGGGUGGUGAUCGGGUUCGACGCGCGAGCACACCCUGUCAGCGGGGGCAGCAGUAAGCGGUUUGCCGCUCUCGCCACCGCCGUUCUCAUCAGCCACGGAGUCCCUGUGUACCUCUUCGGUGACAUCACUCCCACACCUUUUGUGCCCUUCACAGUGUCCCAGCUCAAGCUGUGUGCCGGGAUCAUGGUGACAGCAUCUCACAACCCCAAACAGGACAACGGCUACAAGGUGUACUGGGACAAUGCCGCCCAGAUCAUCCCGCCUCAUGACAAGGGCAUCGCCAGCGCCAUCGAGGAGAACCUGGAGCCCUGGCCCCAGUCCUGGCAGGAGCAGCUGGUGCGGGACAGCCCCCUGGUGAAAGACCCCCUCCAGGACAUCCACAGGGAAUACUUCAAGGCCAUUCAGGAAGUCUGCUUCAACAGGAGCCUUAACAAGAGUUCAAAGGUCAAGUUCGUCCACACGUCUGUCCAUGGGGUGGGACACGCAUUUGUCCAGUCAGCAUUUGAGGCCUUUGACCUGCGUCCCCCCUUCGCUGUCCCAGAGCAGAAGGACCCCGACCCUGAGUUCCCAACCGUGAAGUACCCCAACCCCGAGGAAGGAGAGGGGGUGCUGACGUUGUCCUUUGCUCUGGCUGAAAAAGAAGGGGCAGCAGUGGUGUUGGCCAACGACCCUGACGCUGACCGCCUGGCAGUGGCGGAGAAACAGCAGAGUGGCCAAUGGCAGGUGUUCUCGGGAAACGAGCUGGGCGCUCUGCUGGGGUGGUGGCUGUUCCGCUGCUGGAGGCAGAAGUCUCCAGAACCCGCCAAGGUGAAGGAAGUCUACAUGCUGGCCAGCACCGUGUCGUCCAAGAUCCUCCGUGCCAUUGCACUCAAGCAAGGCUUCCACUUUGAGGAAACCUUGACCGGCUUCAAAUGGAUGGGGAACCGGGCCAAGCAGCUGCUGGACCAGGGCAAGACGGUGCUGUUUGCUUUCGAGGAGGCCAUAGGCUACAUGUGCUGUCCCGCGGUCCUGGACAAAGACGGGGUCAGUGCAGCAGCCAUCGCGGCCGAGUUAACCACCUACAUCACCAAGGAGGGCAGCACUCUGUCCCAGCAGCUCAAGGCCAUCUACGAUGAGUAUGGCUAUCACAUCACCAAGAACUCCUACUUCAUCUGCCAUGACCAGGACACCAUCCGGCAGCUAUUUGAGCGGCUACGCAACUUCACUGGGCAGAACACCUACCCCAAGCAGUGCGGAGGCUUCACUGUGUCGGGCGUGAGAGACCUCACAACCGGCUACGACAGCGACCAAACCGACAACAAAGCUAUUCUCCCCACCAGUAAGAGCAGUCAGAUGAUCACCUUCACCUUCUCAAACGGGGGCGUGGCCACCAUGAGGACCAGUGGCACAGAGCCGAAGAUAAAGUAUUACACCGAGCUGUGUGCUGCACCUGGGAACAGUGACUUGAAACAGUUGAAGAUGGAGCUGGAUGACUUGGUGGACGCCAUUGUGGAGCAUUUCUUCGAGCCGGAGAAAAACAACCUGAAACCCAGGCCAGAGUGACACAGCCCGUGUGUUAGUGUAGAGUCUGUGUUACAGGAUUGACCAGCAGUGAUGAUUUCAUCAUUCAAAUUUAUUUUUUAAAAGUUGAAAUUGUUUUUCUUGAACUACUGCUUAAAAAAUAUCUACCUGAGACCUUACAUAAUGCAGCUAUCCUUCGUAAUAGGCAUAAUUGCAGUUGUUGUAAAUGUAAUGCCAAAUUCCUUGUAAAUUCCAAUUCCAACUCAUUUUGGGGAACUGGAUUUAUCUGGUGUAUGACUGUUUUCAGUUAAUAACAAAAGCUGCCUUCUUCAAGUGAAACAAGGGAAUUCAUCUCUCUGCUUUCGUUGCCUUCGUGAGGGCCACAGGAACUACUUUACUGUGAUUCUUCUCACAAAUAGGAGACUUCCUUUUCAUUUAUCUGUUCUAGGUGUAGGUUUCCAGUCAGUCAUAGCCAGUAAGCCAGCAGCAACGUGCUUAUGGUUAUUUUCCACCCAAAACGCAUCUUCGGUCUUCCAGAUCAUUUCAGAGGUUCAUACUUCAAUUAUCAUUGACUUGAAAAUAUAAAUUCUGACAAAAAGUGUCAGCUCAUUUACAUACUCUUGUCAUUUCCACCAUCAUGAAUAAUUUGAACAUUUUUGUAGCAGUCUAUAAUCUGAACCAACUAAGUUCGGAUGACUCUGGAUGACUUAUAAGACAUGUUGGAAGAUUGUUUUGAGGCAGUUUUUUUAUCACCAAUUCACUUUACCAUACACAUGGUGUAAUCAUUCAAAAAGUGGUAUUAUCCUGAAAGUUGAAUAGUUGAGGGAUGAUUUGCAGCAGUAAACAGAAAAGGUAAAUAUGACUGAAAAUUAGAUUUUUUUCAGUGGAACAGAACCUUAAUGUCUAUCCAAUACAGCUCUCUCCCUCCAGCAUGUUCUGGAUUGAGAGAGGUGGUUUAAUUUUACAUUAGAUUUUGUGUAAAGCAAAAAAGGAGCCAUAUUUCCUGGUAAAUGUUUUAUACUUUUUCUGUCGACUUAACUGCAAGAUCAAAGAAGAAUUUUAAGAAUGAGAAAUUAACAAUGUGAAACUCCAAAUUGGAGUUUGGAGUUUGCAAAUUCUUGGUAGUGCAUUUGUUGUGUAAGAAUAUUUUUUUUGACAUUUUUAUGUAAACAUAAUGUGCUGUCAGCGCUGUCAGAAUGGAAGCCUAGCUGCUGGGCCCUUCGUAGUAAACUUCACAAUUGAUUUAAACACGUUUUUGUCUUCUGUAGCAACUGUUACACAAAAUUGAGAUUAGUAACACAAACUCAAUCUUAAUUUAUGCAAUAGUUUAAACUGGUAUAUCUAAAGUGUUUAGGCAAAUUUGGAUGCAUUGUUGAAAUGUUCAUGAAAUGUAUGAACCUUUAACAUAAUCAAAUGUAAUUUAUAGUCAAAAGAUUAAUAUGUUUUCAAUUUCUAAAAGAGUAGGCCUAAGUAUUAUUCAACUGAAUUUCCCAUUUUUCUUUUUUUUUUUUUUACCAAUUCUGCCGUUUGAUUACAUUUGACUCAAAUUCAUUUGUGAUGUUCAAGGUAACGCAUAUAAUGGUAAGAUUAGAGUUAUCUUUUUAAGUUAUCUUUCUUUAUACUAGUUGGGGGAUGGGCUGGCAAACUUGUCUCCCCUUUAUCACAGGAUAAAUUAACUAAAUUGGAUCACUGCUGCACGUCUGUAAAUGGCCUAAGGGUGGAGCUCUCCCAUUGUGGUGCUGUUUGAAGUAUAAUUUUUGUCGUUCCAUCUUUAGCAAAUUGUAACUAAAAUGUACCACCCUUCUGUCAGGCUAUUACAAAGUAUAUAAAUACUGAUCAGUAUCUGAUUUGAGAUAUAAUCUUGCUCCUUUUUUCCUUAAAAAUUAAAAAUGUAAUAUGAUGCACAAUAGACUUGAAAUGUUAAUGUUGCAUGUAAUACAUUUCAGCAUGACAGUGUUGUGAUAAAGGGGCCAAAUGUUAAACUCAUGUUACCGAAAUAUAAUGUUUGUAUCCCAGCACAUUGUGCAGUGCUCUUAGUGAAAAUGGCCACACAGCACCAUAUUUCAAAGAUGGCCGCUAUUGUUAUGCUUCACAUGUCCCUUCACUACUUUCACUGGAACCCCUUCUCAGAGCUCCCUUAUUCAUUUUUUAUUUGUAUUGCCCAUUUUAUUCACCAUUAUCCAUACAAGAAUUGGGAGUUUGUGGGAUGGCAACUAAGCUGAGACCAAAGUCUAGUGUUUGCAUUUGUUUAGAUAAAUCCUGCCGUUUAAAACUACUAUAGCUAUAGUAUUUAAUUAUAGCCCUUUGCUACAGUACCAAUAAAUUAAUUUUACAGUUUAAUUUACGGUGUGGGUGGAGGUGGGUAAUGAAAUGUCCCUUAUCAUUAAGUUACAAUAGCAUUCCCAGCUGCAGCUGCAAUUUUGAGAACAAUUUAACGCACCUGUCAGUCCCAGGCCAAAUAUUGUAAUUAGUACAGCUGUAGGACCAAUAUGGCCAGGGUCAUGUAACUGUAGGGCUCAGCUUUGUUAUUUUCAUCAAGAGGUGUGUGUGUGUGUGUGUGUGUGUGUGUGUGUGUGUGUGUGUGUGUGUGUGUGUGUGUGUGUGUGUGUGUGUGUGUGUGUGUGUGUGUGUGUGUGUGUGUGUGUGUGUGUGUUGAAAAAGAGUUUAUCGUCUGUCCACCAGUUUUCUAGCAAUUGCGAUUAAGACCUCAACACCAUAGGUCAUUUUCUUUAGAAAAUAUGCUUCAGGGUUACACUUUCAUGCCUUUUAUGAUUUCAAUAAAGUUCACUGAACUAUU